AUGCGGGCGCUUGGGAGGCCGGCAGCUCCGGCGAGCCUCUCCGGCCGGGUGUCUCUCCGGCGGCUGGAGGCAAGGGGGCACCGGGAGGUGCUCCAGCGGCGGCGCGAGGGAACCGCUCCGGGGUCAUGGGUCGAGGGUCAGUGGCGUCGGGGGUCGGGGGGUCGGGGGUUCGUGUACUACGGCAUCUCCUCCAACCUCAUGAGCUACCUGACCGGCCCGCUCGGGGAGAGCACGGCCGCCAUCGCCGCCACCGUCGACGCCUGGUCCGGCGCCGCGUCCAUCCUGCCGCUGCUCGGCGCCGCCGUCGCCGACUCGUGGCUCGGACGCUACCGCACCAUCGUCGCCUCCUCCAUGCUAUACAUCACGGUCAGCCAACUCCGCACAACGCCCCCUGAUUCGUUUCCUUUGUCAACGCCAAGCACAACUUUCUUCCUUCUGCUCAAUCAACUUUUCUGUGGAUCUUUUUGGUAG